AUGUCGUGGAUGGCGGACCCGACGUCGCGGCUGGCGGACUCGGAGCCGUGGCUGGCGGGCUUGGCGCCGAGGUGGCCGGUGGCGAGGCUGAGAGAGGCAGCGCUGGAGGUUGCGCAGGCUGCGCAGUUGGCGCUGCAGCGCGCGAGGUCGGUGCUGUCGGCGUCGUGGGUGGUGUCUGUAUGGCUUACGAAGUCCAAGACGACGAUGAGCUCCCCGCAGCCGAUCGAGUGUAAGGCCGCCGUGUGCUGGGCCGCCAAGACGGACUACGUGCUCGAGGACGUGAUCGUGGGCGCGCCGCGCGCCGGCGAGGUGCGCAUCAAGAUCGUGGCCACGGGCGUGUGCCACACGGACGAGUACACGCGCUCGGGCGCCGACCCCGAGGGCAUCUUCCCCGUGAUCAUGGGCCACGAGGGCGCCGGCAUCGUGGAGAGCGUGGGCCCCGACGUGACCAGCCUCAAGGUGGGCGACCACGUGGUGCCGUGCUACACGCCGCAGUGCCGCAACUGCAAGUUCUGCAAGUCGUCCAAGACGAACCUCUGCUCCAUCAUCCGCAGCACGCAGGGCAAGGGCCUCAUGCCCGACGGCACUUCGCGCUUCACGUGCAAGCGCAACGGCGAGACGCUCUUCCACUUCAUGGGCACGUCCACGUUCUCCGAGUACACGGUGCUGCCCGAGAUCGCGGUGGCCAAGAUCGACCCCUCGGCCCCGAUGGACAAGGUCUGCCUGCUGGGCUGCGGCAUCACCACCGGCUACGGUGCCGUGGUCAACACCAUGAAGGUGGAGAAGGACUCGACCGUGGCCGUCUUCGGCCUGGGUGCCGUGGGUCUGGCUGUCAUCAUGGGCGCCAAGGCUGUGGGCGCUCGCAGGAUCAUUGCCGUGGACAUCAACCCCAAGAAGUUCCCGAUCGCCAAGGAGUUCGGCGCCACCGAGUUCGUGAACCCGAAGGACUACCCGGACCGUCCGCUCCAGGAUGUGCUCAUUGAGUUGACCGUGGAGGAGGGCUUCGGCGGCCUCGACUACACGUUCGAGUGCAUUGGUCGCCCCGAGACGAUGCGUGCUGCGCUCGAGUGCUGCCACAAGGGCUGGGGCGAGUCGUGCAUCAUUGGUGUUGCCGCUUCCGGCGUGGAGCUGGCCACGCGCCCGUUCCAGCUCGUGACCGGCCGUCGCUGGGCCGGCAGCGCCUUCGGUGGCUUCAAGAGCCGCGACGGUGUGCCCGCGCUCGUGGAGAAGUACAUGAAGAAGGAGAUCAAGGUGGAUGAGUUCAUCACUCACAAGUUUGACCUGCCCCAGAUCAAUGAGGCGUUCCACGCGAUGCACCAGGGCGACUGCAUUCGCGCGAUCGUGUACUUCCACGGUGUGCCCCAGCAGUAAGAAGUCGCCUCUGUGCGCGUAGUUGUUUAGCAACUGAGGUAGAGAAGAUGUGUGAGUGAGUAGCUCAGAUCGACGUUGCGCUUUAUGAGGUUAACGCGAUGGUGCGAGGGCGCCCUCGUACAGCGGAAACACGAAAAGAUCGAGCCC